CUAUAUUCCAUCCAUCUAGCCAACUCAGUGCACAUGACGACGUGCGCGUGGAAUUUAUGCCUAAAAUAGCGCUGCACAAAUAUUUUCAAAACUUUAUAUCUUGGCUGAACAUUCACAGUUCCACAAGCUCAGCCUUCCUUGAUUUCCAUCGUUCAAAAAUAACACUGGUUUGAUGUACAGCGAACUGAAAAGAAACAAUGGAUAUAGAAGAUCCAAACCAGAAGGACAUCGAAGAGGACUCCAAAGGAGCCAUGUUUUCUCGUAUCAAAUGGGUGGAUAAAUUACAUCACAAAAUAUGGAAUGGAAAGCACGCGGGUGUGUUUUGUAUGGUAAUUUCUUCAUCAGCCUACAGCAUCAUGGGACUCUUAGUCAAGCUGCUUACAAGGGGAUCUAUUCCUUCAUCUCAAAUAGUAAUGGCUCGAUGUAGUGUUAUCUCCAUUCUCGCGGGAAUUGGAUUGCAACGUAUGAACUAUCCCUUUUUUGGAUCCCCAAAAGCGAGGAAAUUGGUCAUUAUUCGGGCUAUUCUUGGCUUCUUCGCACUUUCAGCAUAUUUCUAUAGUAUACAAUUGUUGCCUUUAAGGGAUGCGACCAUGCUCAACUUUACCGUUCCUGUUUUCACAGCCAUCUUGGCAACGUUUUUUCUCCAUGAAAGAUGGGGCCGUGCUGAAAUGAUAGGUACACUUUUGAGUUUAUUAGGUGUUCUUCUUGUAAUAAAACCUGAGGCCUUAUUUUCAGAUAGUGAGGCAAUAGAACAGACAAAAAGAAACAUCCUAAUUGGAACAAUCAUGGCUGUGAUUGGUGCUUCUACUGGUGCAUUGUCAUACAUUGUUGUACGUGCAAUUGGCCAAUGUGGGGAGCCUGCAUUGGUCUCUGUUUUCGCAUAUGCUGUUUUCUCAACUCCAAUGGCUGGAAUUUGUCUUCUUUUCCAGGGUGCGAAGUUACCUAGCAUUGUAGAGCUAGUUGCUUUAUUUUUGGUAGGACUGACAGCCUACAUGGCACAGAUAUUCCUGACAAGAGGCCUUCAGUUGGAAAAGGCUUCAAGAGCUACAUCCAUACAAUAUGUCAAAGUUUUGAUUACUUAUUUUCUCGGAGUUGUAUUUUUGGGCGAAAUACCUUCUAUUAUGGGUGCUUUGGGAGGCUUUCUGAUUGCUUUUAGCUCUGUGUUCAUAUCCCUUCAUCAGUGAUAAUUCUUAAAAGUGAAAAAAACCUCAACAUCGAGAGAUUCACAAGGAUUAUUUUUAUUAGUCAAGAGUUAUCAAUUCAAGAUGGUUGUGGCAACCUCUUGCAAAAAUGUUUUUCUUUUGUUGUAUGGAUAAGAAUCAAUUACACUUUCAAAAUCAUGCCCCUAUAAUCAUAGGGAUACAUGUACAAUUGAAGGGCUUGAAGCUUGCUGAGUUUUGUCACUAUGGUUGUUUGCAUGGUUACACCCUAUCUCAACCACUAGACCGCAACCAUCUAGAAUAAUGUAUGAUAUUUUAUCACAUUAUAUUAUAUUUCUUUUGCAAUA